AGACCCCUGCACUACGGGACCCUCAUGGGCAGCAGAGCUUGUGUCAAAAUGGCAGCAGCUGCCUGGGCCAGUGGUUUUCUCAAUGCUCUCCUGCACACUGCUAACACAUUUUCAAUACCACUCUGCCAAGGCAACACAGUGGAGCAGUUCUUCUGUGAAAUCCCCCAGAUCCUCAAGCUCUCCUGCUCAGACUCCUACCUCAGGGAAGUUGGGGUUCUUGUGGUUGGAAUUUGUUUAGUCUUUGGGUGUUUCAUUUUCAUUGUGCUGUCCUACGUGCAGAUCUUCACUGCUGUGCUGAGGAUCCCCUCUGAGCAGGGCCGGCACAAAGCCUUUUCCAUGUGCCUCCCGCACCUGGCCGUGGUCUCCCUACUCCUCAGCACUGUCAUGUUUGCCUACCUGAAGCCCCCCUCCCUCUCCUCCCCAUCUCUGGAUCUGGUGGUGGCUGUUCUGUACUCGGUGGUGCCUCCAGCAGUGAACCCCCUCAUCUACAGCAUGAGGAACAAGGAGCUCAAGGAGGCACUGAAGAAACUCGCUCUGGAUCUGGUGGUGGCUGUUCUGUAUUCAGUGGUGCCUCCAGCAGUGAACCCCCUCAUCUACAGCAUGAGGAACAAGGAGCUCAAGGAUGCCCUGAGGAAACUCGUUCAGUUGGUACCAUUUCAGCAGCAGUAA